AUGCACUUUAAAAUGGUUUCUAGUAUUCAUAGAGAUGGACACAAUACGAAACAAAUCUUAUUCAUUCUUAAGAGAAGGUUGAACUCUGAUGAAGAUAUCUUAGAAAGUCCGAAGAAAGUUGAAAAUCUGCCAAAAGCUGAACGAAUCCUGCCCGGACACACUCUAAUAAAACCAUCGCUCGGAAUGCUUAAAUCUGCAGCGAAAUACCCACAAGCAGGUCUCAGUAACUUGGUCUACGGAAAUCUAAAUAACCUGGGUAUCACGUAUGGAAAAACAAAUGAGCGCAUUCUCUAUACAGGCUUCAGGAAGUCCAAUGAAAUGCUGAGUGCGUUGCUUAAGUCAAUUUUAUCGAGCAACGGAAAUGCUAAAGUGUACAUACUAAAGGACAAGCCAUUACCACUAAAUAAAGACCUCAUCUACUCGUCGGAUCCCUCGAGCGAUGUUAGCGAACCUGACUACCGACGUCGCCGUCACAAAAAGUCAAAAUCAAAGUAUAGGAAGCGAGACAAAUACUACAAUGGCGAUAGUAGUUACUCCACAGAGGAUACCGAUACCGAUAGCGAAUCAAGCGAGUACGAAAAGAAUCCCGGCAACCCAUACACUAUUCACAAGAAUCGAUACAAACAAAAUUGGAUGUGGAACCACGUGAUGACUGGAGAUCACAUGAAUGUUAAUCCAUUUGCACCGGAGCUCAGUAAACACGGACCCUCUGGGGUAGAUCUGCUGUUUGGUAGAAAAUGGUGGUACUUCAACCAGGACGACUUCAGACCAUUU